AUGAUGAGACAGUUCAUUAGAAGACAGUCGACUAUUGGCAAGUUGACGACGACUCCAAACAAGUUCAACUCCAAGUCCUCUGCGUUCAAUCUGAAACCUAAUCUUCCCAAAGGUUUAUAUCAUCAUCCAGCACCUACCAUACCGACACCUUUGCAAACUCCACCUGUGUUUCUGCCUGAGCAAGAUGUUAGGAAGAACAAUAACCUAUACAAGCUAAAUUUUAGCAUUCCAAAAGAAAAUAUUGACGAAAUGCCUCUUUUGAACGAGACCAGAGAAAAGAAAUAUCACAUGAGCAAAGAGGAUAUUGCUAGAAUGCAGCAACUAAGGGAUGAAGGAUACACAAGAAAGCAGUUGAAGGAAGAGUUUGGAUGCUCAAAUCUGUUCAUAUCACUUAGUACAAAGCCAGUUGGGAAAAGCUCUAAAUAG